AUGAACCAAAUAAGUGUAUCACCUCAAUAUUUUACAUAUAAUAAUAAUAAUUUUAUUUAUUAUUCUUCAACAUUUGACGUGUGGGUGUACCAAGAUGAUCAAGAGCCACCAUUCUACUAUAGAAACUUCACAGUCCAGAAUGAAAAUGAUGCUCUCCAAUUUGCAUACUUUAUUGAAUCCAUUCCAAUUGGAACAAUCACUUGUAUAGCAAUCGAUGGAAACAAAGUUAGUUAUAUUUCCGAUACCAUUUACAAAGCAUGCGAGUCCAUUGGAAGUAUUAAGAUCUAUGAGAUAACCGGUCAAGUCUCAAAUCGUUUGGCAAUCAUUGGAUUCAAAGGUUUGUCUCCAGGUGUUGCAAGUGAAGCCUAUAUCAAUUCCACUCAAUCUGUUUCAAGUGAAUUACCAAGUCAUUUUGAUUACAAGAUUCUAUCAGUUUCAAUUGAUAGUACACCAACUCUAUCGAUUGGCACCAAUAAAGUCAAUUUUCAAUAUGGAAUUGGUAUGAAUGUGAUUACAUUUAAUGAAGUCACUUUGGAAGUUAUGUCAUCGAUAAACUUCAACACAGUUACCAACACCACUCAAGCAAAUUUGGAUUUUAUUCAAUUUAUUUCAAAUCGACCAACAAAUGUCGUAACUUGUAUUAUUCCUAAAUGUCCAACACCAACAAGUACUGGUCAAUCUUUGAUGCUUUCAAGUGGAUCCAUCGAUGCAAUCAAAUCAAUUGGAAGUAUUUUCAUUGAUCAAUUCACAAAUGCAACUCUUGGUCAAUCAAAAUGGUUCUUGAUUUCAAAGAGUCGGUUGAAUCAAAGUGAACUCAGUUCAAAAUCAAGUGCUGUUUGUCAAGGUAUAUACUUUGCUUACAAUAACGAUGCUAAUAUGGUUGGAUGUACAAUUUCAGCAUGUAAUCCUUUAUAUGGAUCAACAAAUUUCUUCCAAGCUGUGAAUGGAAGUCAAAUUGUGACACCAACACAAUUUAAUGGAUUUUCAAUGUCAAUUUUGGAUGAAUAUACUGGUAAAGUACUUAGUAACAAUCAAAUCAUUGCAAGUGGAACUCCUGGAACCAAUCAAAUGUCAAUGAAGACUGCAUCUGAUUAUAUUUUACAAAAUAUAACAGCUGGUAAUUUUGUAAUGAUAUCAUCGUCCAAUCUUCAAACACCAUUUUCAAUCCCUGAUUAUUUGAUAACUGCUUUCAGAACAUUGGGUGCAAAUCUAUCAAAUAGAAUCACAUCAUCCAGUUCAUAUGCUCUAUUUGGAAGAAAAGGAGCAGCUCCAGGUUCAUCACCUGAAAUACAUUCAAACAAUGGUCCUGUCACUAUUUCUGCUAAAUUUGCAUCGAAACUCAUGAUUAUGAGAACUUUUGUUGAAAUCAAAGCUGUUUCCAGAGGUAUUGGAGAAAAUGUCCCUUAUGAAACAACCUAUGCAAAGUUCUUUUUAAAUGGUGAAGAAGUAAAAUACACAGCCAGCAGAGGUUUAAAUGUUAUGAUUAUCAAUCAAGAUAAUGGAUUAAUCGAAAGUAUCACCACAUAUGAUACUCAUGGUGAUGCUAAUGCCUCUUCACAAUUUAUUACUUUAAUGAACAGUUUAGCAAAUGGAAGAAUUGUUGCAAUUGCUACGAUGGAUGAUUGGACUGUCAGACUUUCAACAGAAGCGAUAAAUACUCUAAAAACAAAAUGUGGUGGUCAAAUAUUGGGUGUUUACCCUUUGCAAUAUAGAGCAUCUUGUAGUUUUAUUGGAAUUGUUGGAAAAUCAAUUUAUCCGAGUCAAUUAGUAAGUUCAGGUAAUACUUUAGUCCCUCUACCUGUGAUAAAUACUUUUAGAUUGCCAAUUAAAGUGACAUUGGGUGAUGGAUUCAACUAUCAAUCGAUAACUGUAAAUUCUGCACAAGGUAUCAAUGUCAAUAAUACAUCUGUUGGAACAGUGGUCGAUGGUGUGAAGAUUGCAACAUUCUCAUUACCAUUCACAAAAACAAAAUUUCAACAUGAUCUUGAAUUGAUUGAAAAAGAAAAACAACAAGAAAUCAUUGAACAAGUCUCUGCACCUGGAGAUCAACUUUACCAACUCAUAUCAAAUCUAACUUAUGGAUCAUUGGUUGCACUUAUUAUUCCUUCCAAUAUGGUAUUGAAUGAUAAAAUUAAAAGAUCACUAUAUAUGAUAGGUGCAUCGCAAAUGGAUUUGGCUUCUCAAAACUCAUUCACAAAUUAUCUUGUAAUUGGUCGAAAAGGAGCUUGCUCUGGUGCAUUGGAAUCAUUUUCAAGUAGUCUUUCAAUCACAUCGAUAUCAUCUGUUGAACCAAUCAGCAAUAAUACUUCAUUAGCUUCUUGGUGGUCAAUUGUUGCAACGAUUGUCACUGGUUCAUUAUUAGUUGUUGGUGCAAUUGCUACGUUACCUCUUUCAACUGCAAUUUUUGUUGGGGUUGGAACAAUGGCUGUAACUACACUUGUAGUUGGAGGCAUUAUAAUGAAUGAAAUGCCAGACACGAAUAAUAACAAUACAUCAGACCCUACAAGAACAUAUCGAAAUAUAGUUAUUGGUGUAUCUUAUAUUGGGACCGCCAAUGAAAGACCUGAAUAUGCUAGAAAUUCAACUGAUUUUUUACAAACUUUAGUAAAUACAGUUGAUAAUUACUGGGAUGCAGAAAACAGCAUGAACAAUAUAAUUACUCGCAAAAAUGACACUCUAUUGAUUGAUAAUAUCCCAAACGCUAUUCCCAAUGCCAGUGCUCCACCAAGUAGUGUACCAACAAGGAAUAAUAUCCUUAAUGAACUAAGGAAUACUGUUGCUCGCACUCGAGGAGGCGAUGUCAUUUCACUUACAAUCUCUGGUCAUGGUGGAUAUAGAAAUGGUGAAUAUCGAUUGAGAGUUACCCGACUAGGAAAUACUGGCCCUCGUCGUAUUACUGGUACAGAAAUAAUUGAUGCAUUAAAUGCAUUAACAGUUACAAAUGUCAUGGUAUACUUCUUAAUUACCACCUGUCACUCUGGUGCUUUCAUGGCUCAACUAGCUGCCAGAACAAAUCUUAACUUCGCCUAUGUUAUUAUUGUCGCAUGUCCAGCUGACCGUACUACUAGAAGUGGUAAUAUUCGUAGAGUUCUUACCGAUAAUAAUAGAGUAAUUAGUUCAAACUACUAUAUGACGAUCAAUUCUAUCUUCGGUGCCAUGACUAGACACUAUACAAAUGCAACAACCAAUGCAAGAGGUCCACCAGAUACCAACGCUCCUGGAAAUACCCUAAAUCGUCCUUGGUUAUUCUCUCCAUACUCACCACAAUUAAUUGAAUUCUUGUUGAAGGUUGCAAGAUUUGAAGUAUCCCCACUUUCAAAAUGUAUUCUUUCAUCAAAAUGUUUACAUCUUGAGAAUGGUGAUGAUUCAACUUGUCAAUCAUGCAAAUGUCACCAUGCUCCUCUUCACUCUGAAUGUUCAUUGGUCUAUCACAAUCAAAAUAUUUCAUUUGAAUACAUCUAA